AUGGACGAGUUUGUCAAUUGGGAUCAGGCCGACCCGGCCCCGGCCACUGGGGUUGACAUGCUCUCCCCGUCCCUGGAGCCCACUAGCCAACGCCUCGACGACAUCGACCUGGCGCUGGCCAAUGUUCAGGGCGAUGAAUUCUCCUUCUGGGCACUGCAGCACUUUGAGAACAACAUCUCGCCCACCUUGGGCGGCACGGAGGAGAUCCCCAUGCCCACCGAUCGGUCUACCCGGACAUUCGAGGACCACCUGGAGUUGUUCAAUGAUAUGAAGUGCAACAACUGCCAACUGGGCGGCUACGAGUGCAAGCGGAUCCCGGAAGGUCAAUAUAAAGGUUACUGCACCAGCUGUGUUGCCCUCCGCUGUGCAUGCAACUUCGGCCUCGACUGUGCCGAUGGCACUGACUGCUUCCUCCCCCCGAACCCGUGGCCGGUCAUGGGCGACCACCCCAGGAUGUUGCAGGAGGAGAGGCAGGCCGAAUCCCAUGAGUCAAGCUCGGCAACUGAUUUGCCAGGGCUGACCUCCACCUCCGGCGCCGACAGCACAUCUGCCAACGAAGGCCCGAAAGGAAAGACGGGCGCCCGCUUCUCCAGGGAGUCCGUCAAGAUUCUGAAGAACUGGCUGUCGACCCACAGCAAGCAUCCCUAUCCCAAUGAUGAAGAAAAGGAAAUGCUCCAGAGGCAGACGGGCCUCAGCAAGACGCAGAUCACAAACUGGCUCGCCAACACGCGCCGCAGGAACAAGAACGCCGUCAGCCAUAGGUCGACUUCGCCCGGGGUGAGGAGCUGGGCGAAUCCCAUCGACAUCCCCCAGAGGCGGAGAAACCCGUUCGAGCACAUGAAUCCGCUGCAGCGUUGGGAGCACUCUCCACCCGAGAACGAACCCGCGUCCGUGACAGCCAUUGCCCGCGCCGUCAACUCGGCGUCGAGCAUGUCUUCCGGCCUCCACAGUCCUUUCAGUGUCAACUUUACCGACGACGGCUCUGGCCGGUCACUCUGUGGCUCGGCCAUCAGCAGUGCCAACACCUCGCAUUCGCAGUCCAGCGCAUCGGCCUACUCCUUUGGCUCCCGGGGCUCCUUCGGCUCGGGAAGCUCUAUUCCCCGUGGCCGCAGACGGAGGAGGAGGAGGGCCCCCGUCACGGCCGCCCACGGCGGCCCGCCCAAGACUUACCAGUGUACUUUUUGUCCUGACACGUUUAGGACAAAACACGAUUGGCAGCGGCACGAAAAGUCUCUGCAUCUGUCUCUGGAAAGAUGGGUGUGCUGCCCCAACGGCCCGCAAGCAUUCAACCCCGAGAACGGCCAGAUGUCGUGCGUCUUCUGCGGCCACCCAAACCCGGACGAGGCGCACAUAGAGAGUCACAACCACUCGGCCUGCCAGGAACGCACGAUUGGGGAGCGUACCUUCUACCGGAAGGACCACCUGCGCCAGCACCUAAAGUUGGUCCACUCCGCCAAGUUUAUGAGCUGGUCGAUGGAGCAGUGGAAAGCAACAACACCCGAGAUCAGAUCGCGCUGUGGAUUCUGCGGCACGGUAAUGGACACAUGGUCUAUACGAGUCGACCAUCUCGCCGAGCACUUCAAAAAGGGCAAGUCCAUGGCCGACUGGAAGGGUGGCUGGGGUUUCGACCCUCCCGUGAUGAACAUGGUCGAGAAUUCGAUCCCUCCCUAUCUCAUUCACGACGAAAGAAACUCGCCAAACCCUUUCAGGGCAUCCGAGCCAACGGCGUCUUCGGCCCGACAUGCAUUCGAGCUCAUCAAGUCGGAGCUCUCCAAUUAUGCCGAUGAUUGGCGUGAGAGGGAAGGCUGUGACCCUCCGGACGAGAAUCUGCAGCGCACUGCAUGCACCCUGAUUUACGACGCCGAGGAGCUAGCAGAGCCUACCGCCAACUCCACGGCCUCAUGGUUGCGGGACCUGCUAUUCUCUGACGAUCGCUUGGCCCAAGAGGCGAGGUGGACCAAAGUCAGAGGGAUCGAGUUUUGGCAACAGCUCAAGAUCAACGGCAAGGCCAACAUAUUUGAACUCGACCCCAUGGAGUCAGAGCUCCAGGAAUACGUCAAAGCACGCCGUCUCUUGGGCUUGACCGCCAUGGAUAGCGAGCUACAAGUGGAGGCAUGCAAAAUCAUCCAGCGCAUGAGUGCCGACAGUUAUCAUCAGCCUUCGUCAGACCACAUAACCGACUUCCUGAUCCGCCUCGUCAAGGGCUCGACGCAAUGGCUUGUUGGGUUCCGGCAGAGAGCCCACCUGCCCCGGUCGGAAGAUGUGGCCGACGAAGGGAAGCGGUCCAAAGACCCGACGACCAUUGAUUCGACAAUCCACAAUCCCAACCGGCUGGAGUAUGAGCUGGGCGAGUUUGUGCGCGCUCAGCGGGCUGUCGGCAUUGAGCCCACCGACGAGGACCUGCAGAGGCAGGCCCGUUUGAUUAUAUACGAGUACGACGACCCGUGGAAUCAGACUGCCGCCGACGACCCGGUCUGGCUAGCUACUUUCAAGCAGCGGCAUGGUCGAGCAGCCAUUCCCAGCGAUGGCUCGUUGAGCAACGCCCAGCCGCCAACCGCUUCGGCAAGCGAUUCCUGGCCGUCCUCUCAUGAUAGAAGCUCAUCGCAAGGACAUGCAAUGUUGCUUCCCUCCAGCGAGAGCGACGCAUCCAACAGAGUCCCCCAAAAGACACGCGGCACCUUGUACAUCAACGACGCCAACUGCUACCUGCGCCUGGCGCGGGAGCUCAAGAAAUGGGUCACCGCGACCAUGUCGCCCAAUAACCCCAACCGCCACGUCCCAAGCGACGAGGAACUCCAACACCAAGCUCGAUGGAUCAUCUACGAGGACGACGACCCGUGGAACCAAACGGCGGCCGACAAUUUUGAAUGGCUCCGCCGCUUCAAGCGCGACGUCGGCCUGCUCACCGACCCAAGCCUCCCAGGCCUUCCUUCAACGCGAGCCUGGAACAUUGCCCAAGGGGGAUCAGGCUUCUCGCCGCCCUACCUCUUUCCCAAUCCGGCCAAAGCUAGUGAGAUCACGGCCAUCCCGACUCCGGAUGAAGGCGUUCACGGCACUGAUCCGUUACCGCCCAAUACUUCCGCGGCCGCGGCUGUUACCACGUCCUCCACAGCCCUCGAGAACAGCAGCGCGGUGAUCAACAUAACCAUGUGCGAGGGUGGCAAGCCAAUCCCCGCGCCUAGCUCAACGGCAAACCGGUUCAUGCGCGGGCUGGUCGACACCAGGCGGCACGGCCCGCUGGCAGCUGUGUUCUGCUCGCGGGAGCUCGAGCGUGAGCUGAGCGAGUUCGUGACCAACGCGGUGAUGGCUGCAGGGUUCGGCGGGGCCGGGACAGGGAAAAGAGGUUCGCCGACGGCGGGAUUCCCAAGUGAUGAAGCGAUCCGGGAGAGAGCGAGAGCGUUUUUGGGCGGGGUAGGGAGGACGCCGGCGGAUGAUGAGGUCUUGUUGGAGAGGUUCAAGGAAGUUAUGAGGAAGAAAUUGGGGUUAGAACCGGAGUCGGCGGCUGGAGAGGCGCAGCAGGCCCGAGAGCAGGUGCAGCAGGAAAAGGGUCAGCAGGCUAAUCCGUUGGGGGCUAAUCUGGGCUUUGAGGCCCCUGGUGUUGCCGGACCACCUGCAUCGACCGAAACGGAGCUCUCCCCUGGGACUGUGGAUGCGGAGGUCGGGAACAUGUUGGCUCAGAUGGACUUUGAUUUUGGUGACUUGGGAGAUUUUGUCGGAGUUGCGACGGGCGGGAUGCCGAUGGACCAAUACUGA